AGGAGGGCCUCAGACACGCUCGGCAACAGAUCGAGUGGAAGCGCUACGACGCCAGCACCGCGGCCGGCGACGGCGGCGCUGCGAGGACUGCCCCGGCCGAGGCCGGCCCCGAGCAGCCCAUGACUCUGGAGCAGGCCGUCGCAACAGCCGACCGCAUACAAGACCAGAGCCAUGCAUCAGUUAAGCGCUCGAUGGGCAUGGCCUUGCAGGCCGAGCAGCUGGGGGUCGCCACCCUCCAGAAGAUGCACGAGCAGGAGGAGCAGAUGGACGCCAUCGCGGAGGACAUGGAGGACGUCAAGGCCAACAUCAAGCGCAGCAAGAAGCUGGUGGCCCAGAUAGCGAGGAGUGCUAUGAGCGACAGGUGCAUACAGCUCCUCUGUGCGCUGAUCACCAUAGCAGUGAUGGUGAUGAUUGUCCUGGCCAUGGUCGGCAAGGAUGGAGGCAGCCUCAACGUCCCGAAUCAGGUGAGGGAGGUCGGCCAAUAGCGCCGGACGCGCCGUCCGCGCCGUGGGCCCCGACCGCCGCUCGCGACCCGGGCUGCCCACCGCCGGGCGGCGCCCUUCGGAAACGCUCGCAACUUGUCCGGUCCGUCG